UGUCACUCAGUGACUGGACCACCACUCGCAGGCGGUAGCGGGUGGUGACUAGUGACGCAGCAACCUCUCAUCGUGCGCCGCGCCUCUAUUUACAUGCUCCGUUCGGCGUCGCCGUCGCCCCCGCCCCGACCUCCACCGCGCGCACCUGCUCGUAUCCCCGUGCUCCUCUUCGCGAUGGACGGCGCUGCGACCAUCACGAGCGCUCGGAAGCCAGUGGUGCUCUACCCGUCGCCGGGCAUGGGCCACCUGGUCUCGAUGAUCGAGCUCGGGAAGGUCUUCGCCGCCCGCGGCCUCUCCGUCACCGUCGUCGUCGUCGACCCGCCGUACGGCAACACCGGCGCGACGGGGCCUUUCCUCGCCGGCGUCUCCGCGGCCAACCCGGCCAUAGCGUUCCACCGUCUGCCCAAGGUGGAGGUGCCGCCCGUGGCGUCCAUGCACCAUGAGACGCUCACCUUCGAGGUCGCCCGCCUCUCGAACCCCGGCCUCCGCGACUUCCUCGCAGGCGCCUCCCCGGCCGUGCUCGUGAUCGACUUCUUCUGCAACGCGGCCCUCGACGUCGCCGACGAGCUUCGUAUCCCCGCCUUCAUGUUCUGCACGUCCGGCGCGGAGAUCGUCGCUUUCUUCUUGUACCUCCCGGUCCUGCACGCUCAGACCACGGUGAGCUUCGGGGAGAUGGGCGAAGAGCUCGUGCGGGUCCCCGGCAUCCCCUCGUUUCCGGCGACGCACUCCGUCCUGCCACUCAUGGACCGUGACGACCCGGCCUACGGGGAAUUCAUGAAAGCGGCGGCCGACCUCUACCGCACCCAGGGUUUCCUCAUCAACACGUUCCGCUCGCUCGAGCCGCGCGCCGUCGAGGCCAUGGCCGCGGGGAGCUGCACGCUUCCCGGCGUCCCGACGCCGCCCGUCUACUGCAUCGGGCCGCUGAUAAAGUCGGAGGAGGUGGGCGAGAACCGCGGCGAGGAGUGCCUGGCGUGGCUGGACACGCAGCCCAACGGCAGCGUGGUGUUCCUCUGCUUCGGCAGCAUCGGCCGGUUCAGCGCGGAGCAGAUCAAGGAGGUGGCGGCGGGGCUGGAGGCGAGCGGGCAGCGGUUCCUGUGGGUGGUGCGGAGCCCGCCGAGCGACGACCCGGCGAAGAAGUUCGACAAGCCGCCGGAGCCCGAUCUGGAGGCGCUCCUCCCCAAGGGCUUCCUGGAGCGGACCGAGGGCAGGGGCCUCGUCGUCAAGUCGUGGGCGCCGCAGCGCGACGUGCUGGCGCACGCGGCGGUGGGCGGCUUCGUGACGCACUGCGGGUGGAACUCCGUGCUGGAGUCGGUCGUGGCCGGCGUGCCGAUGCUGGCGUGGCCGCUGUACGCGGAGCAGCGGAUGAACAGGGUGUUCCUGGAGGAGGAGAUGCGGCUGGCCGUGGCGGUGGAAGGGUACGACGUCGGGGAGGGCGCCGUGAGGGCGGAAGAGGUGGCGGCGAAGGUGAGGUGGCUGAUGGAGUCUGACGGCGGGAGGAUGCUCCUGGAGCGGACGCUGGCGGCCACGCGGCGGGCGAAGGAGGCGCUGCGCGACGGCGGCGAGUCGGAGGCGGCGCUGGCGCGGCUGCUGGAGUCGUGGAGCGAAGCGGCUAGCGCCUGACGCUGGUGACGUGGGAGAAAUGAUUGGACGAGGUUGGGCUCUGUGGUUUGGUCGUGCAUGACGCCACCAAACCACAGAGACAACCUUGGGUCUUCUGGCUUGACUUGAGUAGUCGUCUUCAACUCUUCAUAGCUUUUGAGGUUAAAAAAAAGAUCAGAAGACAAGAUCGCGUGAUUUCAGUUUAAUCUGUGUAUUGCGUGCUGGUAGCUACUAUUACGUGACUGUCUUGCGAGCUCUUUGGACCACAAUCAAUAAAAGGAAGUAUUAACUCUCGCGCGCCAUUUAGAAAGUAGUUUUUUAAACAUGUACACCCGUUACUUGGAUGUGAUUUAAAUAGUAAUAAAAAAU